CAACUUUGAACCAGUUAUGCUACGAUGAGGAUGAGGAACCAUAUAGUAUUAUUAUCAAGAAAUGAAUCGCUGAAAGAAUUCUUAGCAUCAUGCAAAAGCGUGCAACAAACCCUCCAAAUCCAUGCUCAAAUGGUGGUGACUGGACUCAUGUCCUUUUUGGCUAUGGCUUCUUCAAAGGGCUUGUUCAAUGCCAUGAUCAGGGCCUACUCUCUCAGCCACGCGCCCCAACAUGCCAUUUCUAUCUACAAGUCAAUGCUCUCUUCCUCUGCAUCCCCUGAUACCUUAACCUUCCCCUUACUCCUCAAGUCGUGUGCCAAAUUAUCGCGUCUUAAACUCGGUCUUCAGGUUCAUUGCCACGUUACGAAAAGUGGGUUUGAGUCGGAUAUCUAUGUUGUGAAUGCUCUCUUGCAUUUUUAUUGGGUUUUCAGGGAUGCCCACAAUGCGUGCAAGGUGUUUGAACAAACUCCUGUUAGAGAUUGCGUUUCCUUUAACACGAUGAUUAAUGGGUUUGUGCAUGCUGGUCGUGCUCGUUGUUCUCUGCGGGUUUUUAGGGAGAUGAGGGGGUUUUGCAUUCAGCCUGAUGAGUAUACGCUAGUUGCUUUGUUGUCUGCUUGUUCAUCUUUGGAGGAUCGUAGCAUUGGGAAGCAGGUGCAUAGCUUGGUGUACAGGAAAUUGGGUUGUUUAGGUUCCAAUGUUUUGUUGAUGAACGCGCUUGUUGAUAUGUAUGCAAAAUGUGGGUGCUUGGAGACGGCAGAGAGAGUUGUGAGUCGGUUGAGAACUGACAAGAGUGCUGUUGCUGCUUGGACUUCUGUAUUGAGUGCAUAUGCUUCGCGCGGAGAAGUUGAGGUUGCUAGAAGAUUGUUUGACCAAAUCGAUGAAAAGGAUGUAGUUUUGUGGACAGCCAUGAUUAAUGGUUACUCUCAUGCUGGAUAUUUUCAGGAAGCAUUGGAUCUGUUUGUACAGUUGGAGGGUUUGGGUAUAAAACCAGACGAGUAUGCUGUAGUUGCUGCUCUUUCUGCGUGUGCGCGACUAGGUGCCCUUGAGUUAGGAAGAAGGAUUCACCACAAGUAUGCUGCUGAGAAUUGGCCUUGUGGUAAAAACGGGGGAUUCACUUGUGCUGUUGUUGAUAUGUAUGCUAAGUGUGGAAGCAUAGAUACUGCUUUGGAUAUAUUCAGUAAAACAAGUAAUGAUCUAAAAUCUACUUUUCUCUAUAAUUCCCUUAUCUCUGGUCUUGCUCAUCAUGGCCUUGGUGAAUACGCUAUAGCUUUAUUUGAAGAAAUGGGGUUAGUAGGAUUAGGACCGGAUGAGGUCACAUUUGUAGCACUUUUAUGUGCUUGUGGUCAUAGUGGUUUAGUUGAUGAUGGCAAGAAGCUGUUUGAAUCCAUGUUGACUGUUUAUGGUAUCGAUCCUCAAAUGGAGCAUUAUGGCUGCAUGGUUGACCUUCUCGGAAGGGCUGGCCAUCUGAAUGAAGCAUAUCAUUUAAUUCUGAACAUGCCAUUUAAGGCCAAUGCUGUGAUAUGGAGAGCAUUGUUAAGUUCUUGCAAGGUAUAUGGAGAUAUAGCAUUGGCUAAACUUGCUAGCCUAGAGCUUCUUGCGAUGGAGAAUGAUCAUGGAGCCCAUUAUGUGAUGCUAUCUAAUAUGCUAAGUGACAUAAAUCAGCGUGACGAAGCUGCAAGUGUGAGAAAAGCAAUAAAUAAUGUUGGCAUUCAGAAGCCACCUGGUUGGAGCUAUGUGGAAAUGAAUGGAGCUCUUCACAAGUUUCUGGCAGGCGACAAGUCUCACCCAGCAGCCAAAGCCACUGAGAUGAUGCUCAGAGACAUUAAUAUGGGACUGAAAUCUUUUGACCAUGUUAUCAGUGCAUCAAAAAUGGUGUUUGAUAUAGAUUAAUUCGAGAAAGUUUUGGGUUGGAAUAUGACUUUGGGUUGUUCUGAGAAACAGAUUACAAGGUUCAGGAGUCUAUCCUCAGGCAAUAUUGAGUGGAACCCAACAUCUGAAUAUGACCAAACGGUUUCUCAAGAUCAUGUGAAGUAUGAUUGCAAAGAGAAUGAAAGCUUAUUUGCUGAUGGGGAGUUCCAAGGCUGCUCAGAGUUAGUAUCAUCAACAGAUGACUUUUCUUGAGAUGCUGAU